UGGCCUGCCUUAUGCGAAGGAGGCAGCGGCAUUUUCACCCUGAGUUUAGAGGACACUGGAUCCCAUUACAGAGAGGAAUGGAACCAAAGGUUUGGAACAUCUGAGGAGACAAGAUGCCCACCAACUUCACUGUAGUGCCAGUGGAGGAUGAGGAGGGCGGCGGCAACAGCGCGGCCACGGCUAGAGGCAGCAGACCUGUCAGUUUGGGCAGAAUCUUUAGGGAGGAAGACAACAAGGACGACUCACAAGAACCGCACUCAGGAGAUGACAGUCAGAGAGAGUCCAGUCCAUUCAUCAACACAGACGAUGACAGAGAACAUUAUUAUGAAGGCAAGAACAUGGCCUUGUUCGAGGAGGAAAUGGAGAGUAACCCUAUGGUAUCAUCUCUUCUCAACAAGCUGGCCAACUACACCAACCUGACCCAGGGUGUCCGUGAGCACGAGGAGGCCGAGAACGAGGAUGGGGUCAGGAGGGUCGCUGUCAUGGUGCCCCAGAUGGGAACCUUCAUCGGAGUUUACCUGCCCUGCAUGCAGAACAUCCUGGGUGUGAUCCUCUUCCUGCGUCUCACCUGGAUCGUGGGCACAGCAGGGAUCCUGGGGUCCUUCGCCAUCGUCUCCAUGUGCUGCAUCUGCACCUUGCUCACAGCCAUAUCAAUGAGCGCCAUAGCAACCAACGGAGUUGUCCCAGCUGGCGGCUCGUACUACAUGAUCUCCAGAUCUCUGGGGCCUGAGUUUGGAGGAGCAGUGGGUCUCUGUUUCUACCUGGGAACCACCUUCGCUGGAUCCAUGUACAUACUGGGCACCAUAGAGAUUCUGCUGACCUACAUCGUUCCCACAGAAACCGUGUUUAACGAUAGUGCAGCAAUGUCCAACCAUAUGCGGGUUUAUGGCACCUGCUGCCUGCUCCUGAUGGCUCUGGUAGUGUUUGUAGGGGUGAAGUAUGUGAACAAACUGGCUCUGGUGUUUCUGGCCUGUGUGGUUCUGUCGAUCAUGGCCACUUACGCAGGAGUCAUCAAGACGAUCAUCGAACUACCGGAAGUCAAUGUCUGUCUGUUGGGGAACCGAUCCCUGAAGAAUGAUAUGUUUGAAACGUGCGCCAAGACGGAGGUCGUGAAAAACGUCACCAUGUUCACAGAGCUAUGGGGCAUCUUCUGUGACAGCAAAUACCCCAACGCAACCUGUGACGAAUACUUCACCCUCAACAACCUGACGGAGAUACAGGCCAUACCUGGGCUCCUGAGCGGAGUUAUCAAAGACAACCUGUGGGGCGACUACGGUCCAGCUGGUACGUACAUAGAGAAGAAAAGCCAGCCUUCAGUACAAGCCCAGGACUUAUCCAGUGACAUAGAUAAGCCCUACGUCUUUAAUGACAUCGCCACCUACUUCACUCUGCUGGUGGGAAUAUACUUCCCCUCCGUCACAGGUAUAAUGGCUGGUUCCAACAGAUCUGGUGAUCUCAGAGAUGCCCAGAGGUCCAUCCCAGUAGGAACCAUAAUGGCAAUUCUCACCACCUCUUUCAUCUACAUCUCCUGCGUGGUCUUGUUUGGAGCCUGUAUUGAAGGAGUGGUGCUGAGAGACAAGUUUGGUUACUCGGUGAAGAAGAACCCGGUGAUUGGCAUUCUGGCCUGGCCGUCUCCCUGGGUGAUUGUAAUAGGCUCAUUUUUCUCCUGCUGCGGGGCGGGGCUUCAGAGCCUCACCGGCGCCCCACGGCUGUUGCAGGCCAUCGCUCGGGAUGGCAUCAUCCCAUUCUUGCAGGUGUUCGGUCAUGGGAAGGCUAACGGUGAGCCCACCUGGGCUCUGUUGCUGACAGUGGGGAUCUGUGAGAUAGGAAUCCUCAUCGCUUCUCUGGAUGCUGUGGCCCCCAUCCUCUCCAUGUUUUUCCUCAUGUGCUAUCUGUUUGUUAACCUGGCCUGUGCUGUUCAGACUUUACUCCGCACCCCCAACUGGAGACCUCGCUUCAAGUUUUAUCACUGGACCCUGUCCUUCUUAGGGAUGAGCCUGUGUCUCUCUCUCAUGUUCAUCUCCUCCUGGUACUACGCCCUGGUCGCCAUGGUGAUUGCCGGUUGUCUCUACAAGUACAUUGAAUACAGAGGGGCAGUGAAGGAAUGGGGAGAUGGGAUCAGAGGUCUUUCCUUAAACGCAGCACGCUACGCUCUCAUCCGGCUGGAGGAAGUGCCUCUACACACCAAAAACUGGAGGCCUCAGCUGUUGGUGAUGUGUAAGCUGGACUCAGACCUGGGGGUGAAACACCCUCGUCUCCUGUCCUUCACGACGCAGCUCAAAGCAGGAAAGGGCCUGACCAUCGUCAGCUCGGUCCUGGAGGGAACCUUCAUGACCCGGGGCAACGACGCCAAGAUGGGAGAGAAGAACUUGAAAGCAGCCAUGGCAGCAGAGAAGAUGAAGGGUUUCUCCCACGUGGUGGUGUCCUCCAACCUGAGAGACGGUUUCUCCCUGCUCGUCCAGUCAGCGGGGCUGGGAGGAAUGAAACACAACGCCGUCCUGAUGGCCUGGCCGGCUGGCUGGGGAGAGGCCCGGGACUCCUCUUCUUGGAGGAACUUCAUAGAAACAGUGAGAGAGACAACGGCGGCCCAUCAGGCUUUGCUGGUUGCCAAGAACAUCGACCAUUUCCCCGGCAACCAGGAUCGUCUGAAGGAGGGAACCAUCGAUGUGUGGUGGAUCGUACAUGAUGGGGGACUUCUCAUGCUGCUGCCAUUUUUACUAAGUCAACACAAGGUGUGGAGGAAGUGUAAAAUGAGAAUCUUCACGGUGGCCCAUAUGGACGACAACUCCAUCCAGAUGAAGAAAGACCUCCAGAUGUUCCUCUACCAUCUACGUCUGGAUGCGGUGGUGGAGGUGGUGGAGAUGCAAGAAAGCGACAUCUCAGCCUUCACCUACGAGAAGACGCUGGUGAUGGAGCAGAGGUCUCAAAUGCUUAAACAGAUGCAGCUGUCCCGCACUGAGAGGGAGAGAGAGGCCCAGUUAAUCCACGACCGGAACACGGCGUCUCAUUCCGCAAUGAACGACAGAGAAGCAGGCGCCACGCCGGAUCGUGUCCACAUGACCUGGACCAAAGACAAACUGGUCAAUGAGAGGAACAGACAGAGAGAAGGCAUGGGAGUUAAAGACAUCUUCAACAUGAGACCCGAGUGGGAAAAUCUAAACCAGUCCAACGUGCGGAGGAUGCACACAGCUGUGAAGCUGAACGAGGUGGUGCUAAAGAAGUCCCGCGACUCCCAGCUGGUCCUGCUCAACAUGCCGGGCCCGCCGAAGAACAAGAAAGGGGACGACAACUAUAUGGAGUUUCUGGAGGUCCUCAUGGACGGCCUGGAUCGCGUCCUGUUGGUUCGUGGUGGUGGUCGGGAGGUCAUCACCAUCUACUCGUAGCACCGAGAGGUUCAUAAAUGUUUUUGGUAGAAACACUGUUGGGCAGUGGGACCCCAGAGGGCCGGGGGUUGGCGAAGGGAAAAGGCAGGACUUUGAGAUGGAUCAUGGACAAAGAUGUAGGACAGAGGAAGUACAGUACCCUCCCUGUCACACUGUUGGGGGGAAAAAAGGAGGACCAUGAUCGCUGGGAAGGACAGGGGGGGUUCUACCUGCAGCACAGCCUGAGCUCAGUGCAUGGUCUGGGUCCACAGAGGGCUCACUGCACCCCCCUAUUCCUAAGGCUCCAUUAUCCCACCACAUCUUUACAAUGUAGAACGACAGCUGUGUGGCUGCACCGUGGAGAUGUUCUUUCCUCAGCUGAACUGUGUUUUCUGAAAAAGCUGUCAUUUCAGUACCUUUGCUGAAACUUUUCACUGAUGUGCCCUGACUGUAGAGUUGAACAUGUUUUUAAGCCAUUAUAUUUUACAGAAUAUCAUAUGUGCCUCAUGUCAAUGCAUCAGAAGCCAAAGUCCCAUUGAUGAGUAGACAGUUUAAGGGCAAACAUGGCAUAAUUGAUUGUGAUAUAUAUAUUGUCUUGGACAUUGCUUAUAAACUGUUUGUGUUGUCACAGAUAACAUUAGUGUGCCUGGUGGUUUUGAAAAGGAGGUGAAAAUGCAAGAGCAAAUGCAACUUUUGUGAUUUUAGCAAUUUAGUAUAUUUUUAGUUAAGUUGACGAUGUAUUUGACUGAUAAAUUUGUAUUGGCGCAAAAUGUUAAGGUGUGUGCUUGAGUACAUAAAAAGCUGGUAUGCGCUGAUGAGGAAAACUGAGCAACAUGGAGCCUAUAUAGUAGUAUUUCAUUUAAUAUUGUUACUGUUUUUAAGUACAAUGUGUCAUGUGUUGCUUCAACAAAAAAAGACACCAACAAACCGAGAAAGUCUGGAACUCUGACAAGCUAAUUCACAAAGAAUGGAUUGCGGCUGCUGAUAGCACCAUGAAUUUAAUCAUUUGCAACCGCUAUCUAAGGGUUUAAUUCACUAGAGAUAUAGGCUAAUGAUAUAGGCUCAAACACACCCAUAAUGUUUUGAAUUGAGUUCUAUUAGCCACUUUGCUUUGAAUCUGAUUGAGAUUGUCCAUUUGGCAAAGAAUGAAUGUUGUCUUUGCGCCAGGAACUCUGUAGGCAGAACAAUGGAGGCGAGAAAAAAUGAAAUGUUCAGACUGCGAGCUACAGGCCUGGACCGACGAGGAGCAGAGUCAUUCCUAUAACCUUCAGUCAGAGAAUUUAAACGUGACGGAGGGAAACCCUAGUUGGGAUUAUUUUUCAUUGGAAAUUUGCCGAAAAUAGGCUCUGUUACAAACACAAAGUCUUUGAUACUUAAACAUUUUUGUUCGGCAAGAUAAUUGUCCCAAAUGACCACCACUUUAAUGAUUCCUGCGCGAAAUGUAUGAAUAUUUCUACUUUAAAUAUAUAAACGUAGCACAAUUUCUUGGUAGGGCAGUAGGCGGUGCAUUUGAGAAUUUUAACAUUUAUUUUGUCUUAUUUGUACAGGUUUAGCGACCUGCAAAGGCUGCGGAAUCCCUUUGUGAAUUCGCCCUUUAGUCUUUAGUCUGCAAAAUACAGAAACACUCGUGUGUUGGGUCGCUUUGUAUGUUUCCUGUGUCCCCGUAGAAGGAGGACUUCAACAUAACAUACAACACAAAAUAAUGAAAAGUAGUUGAUGCUUUGGACUUAACAUGAGAAUGUGGCUGUUUUUAAAUUACAUCUUCUGGUUGAUAUGCUGACACAAUGUCUCCAGACACCCAAGAGGUUUGCAUGCCUGUAUUAUAAAGAUGGUUGCUGCUGAUUCGUCUCACCCUUGAAAGUAAAGAAAAAAACACAAGCACAGCAGUACUUUAGGUAAAACUACUUGUUUAAAAGUGGAAAUAUUCUAGUUUUGUUUGUUUCUGGGUGUGUAGGAAUAACUUGUUUCUUAACUCUUUCAAAGUGCUGGAAUAUAAACUGUACAAAAGCUGAAUGCAGAGUUCCUUUAACUAGGAAGCAUGUAUUUUACAGUUAUCAAUCAUCCACCUGGGUUUUCUCCAGAUAAUAUGAGAUUAUCUGUUCUGCCAUCAAUUAUUCUGCAAAAUAACGGCACCAACAAUAAAUCGUGACAACAGAUUAUACACUUAUGUUCAUCUCUAUCGGUGCUUUAGGGACCAUUUGUUCCUAUAAAUAAUAACCCACAGGUCUGUUUUUAUUCAGAAAAACUCCCAUAACAUGACAUGAAACAUGCAGAAAAGAGGCGGGAAAAUGCCAAAGCAGGAAGUAAGGAGACAAAAGGAAAUGAAAAAGGAAAUAUGGCUGAAUGACUAGUUGGUCAGAUUUAGAUCACUGUGAUUUCUCAGAUUUUCCUCUUCUCAUCUUUAAAAUAUUCAUCCUAUUAGCAGUUCAGUAAUUGAGACGUAAUAACGUUUCUUUAUUUUUUCAUUUCUGUAAUUGCAAUCGUUAUUAA